AUGUCCAUCGAAGUCGAUUGGGAAACCGCCACCUCCGGCCCAGAUGGAGAGGCCCUCGCAGAGCGCAUCCGCUCAUUUGUGCAUGACAAGUUCCAGCAGGUAGCUUUACCGCGCUUUAUUCGCUCCGUGCAGGUCCAUGCCUUUGAGUUUGGAACAAUUGCCCCGGAUAUCGAGAUAAAGGACUUUUGUGAACCAUUUUCGGAUUUUUAUGAGGAGGAUGAUGAUGACGAUACUUCAACUACCUCCGAGGAGCUCGUUGAUGAGCAUGGCCACCCAUGGUCAGGACAACAUUCAGAGCUACACGAGUCGCCCUACGAAGAUGAACUGCUUGGACACAGCCCCGGAAAUUUCAGUCACCACCCAUACCCAGGUGAGGGGUAUCAACCCUCUGCUCUUCGGUCCCCGCUGCCUAUGGGCGACCACUUGAACCCGCAUUUUCUUCCUCGCGCCGGUACCCCCGGUAUCCCGGGAGGCACGUCGACUCUCGGUUACCAUCUCAUGUCAUUGGGCGGUUUAUCGGGAACACAAACACCCCUGGCUGCUGUAGCAGGUGGUACGUCUUUCGCGAGUGGAUGGUCGGAUUCGGGCCUGGCGCAUGGCAGACCGCGCCUGCAACGCCCUUCUACACAACUACACCACCGCAUGGAUGCUGACAUAGAUACGACCAAUUCCGCAUCACGACCUUCAACCGCGAAUACACACCCUUCCCACCCCUCUAUAGGACAUACCGGUAGCAGUGGGUCGAGGAAUAGUACCGAUCCCGCCGAUAUACCCCAACCCUCAAUCGAACCCGCCAUCGAUCCCUCUGCCCCGCUUCCACCGCGGAUGCGCGAGCGCCGACCGGAAGACUUCCAGAUCCUUUGCCAUGCUAGAUAUGCAGGUGACGUUCGCAUGUCUCUGACCGCCGAAAUCCUGCUUGACUAUCCAAUGCCCAGCUUCGUGGGUCUUCCUCUGAAACUCAAUGUCACCGGCAUCACCUUUGACGGGGUUGCGGUUGUUGCAUAUAUUCGGAAACGUGUGCAUUUCUGCUUCCUUUCACCCGAAGACGCAGACGCUCUUCUCGGUUCUGAGCAGGAGGCCGGGCAAGGAAGCCAGAAUCCUAGUGAUGAUGGCCGGCCCCGGUCUGGCGACCAAAAACGCCAAGGAGGGUUGUUGCAGGAGAUCCGAGUGGACAGUGAGAUUGGCCGAAAGGAAGAUGGGAAACAAGUCUUGAAGAAUGUCGGCAAGGUGGAGCGAUUUGUUCUCGCGCAGGUACGCCGGAUCUUCGAGGAAGAAUUAGUAUAUCCUAGUUUCUGGACUUUCCUUGUUUAG